UUGGGGUGUAAGUGGGCAGAGGGGAAUAGAAAUGUAAGGGUAAGUACAUUGCUGCUAUAUUAGUAAUACUGCCCCUGCCCUUACCUGCUGUGUUACCCACUGGGCAAGAUGGAGACACUUUAUACCCCCCGUGCCCGACCUGCAGCCAAUCACUUGCACCCAGCGCCCAACAGCUGAAGGGUAUCUGGGGUUCCUGCUGGGAGUUGUAGUGCAACAAGAGCUCUGAUUGGCUGCUUUAUAUAAAUAGGCAACUGCUUCUGUCAUUAACUGGUGUGUUACCAACAGGGGCACUUCCAGGCCAGUCCCUCCCACAAGGAGCCAAUGGGAAUGUGGGAGGAAGCGAGUGACCCAGUGAUGGGGAAGAAGGAUAAAAAUGAGGAGCGGAAGGAGAGAAUCCUGAAUCUCACACUGGAGAUUAUCUAUCUGCUGACUGGAGAGGGCUACGUCAUCCCUAAGAAGAAGAGCCCAACUGUGGGUUUGGGGGCCCUGCAUGCCCCUGGCUCCGUCAUACAGAAGGAAAAUGACAAGAAGAUCCUGGAACUCAUCUCCAACAUCAUCCAGCUGCUGACUGGAGAGGUUGCCAUAAGGUGUGAGGAUGUUUCCAUCUAUUUUUCCUUGGAGGAGUGGGAGUAUAUAAAAGGAAACAAGGCCCUUUACAGGGAAGGGAUAAAGGAGGAGGAGGAGCCCCAGCAGCUCCGCCCACUGGACGGUGAAUAUGAAGAUAAGAGAGAGAUUCCAGCUGAUCUGGGAGGAACAUUAUGUUAUAAUAAUGAGCCAAGCAAGAUUGGGGCUGAAGGGGCAGAUUUUUGUACCAACGGAAAUCUCACAAACCCUGAAAUUUCUCCAGCGGAACAGCCCCCACCGGCCAAUGGGAUUAAAGAGGAGGUGGCUUCAUGGGAAGGGAGAAACCAAUCAGAUUGCAGCAUUAAUCCCCUUACAGAACAGAUACAGGGAACAGACACACCUACUCCUAUCAUGGGGUGGAGCCUGAUUAACAGCUCGGCAGAGGAUUAUAUACCAGUUGUUAUUAAAGAGGAGGCGGCUUCAUUGGAAGGGGGAAAUCACCUUGCACAGCAAACACAAGAAACAGAGACGCCCAUGGGGCGGAGCCUGAAUAGCAGCUGCCUCCCUAAAGAUCCAUCAGACGCCUAUAUGGAGGAAUUAUUUUCAUGGGAAACAGACCAUAAUUACUGCAACAUAAAUACAACUACAGGACAGACACUGGAAGUAGAUAAAUUAGCUCCUAUUGUGGAGCAUCCGAGAAUUCACACGGGAGAGAAACGUUUUUAUUGUUCUGAAUGUGAGAAACAUUUUUCCACAUUAUCAUACCUUAACCUUCAUCAAAGACGAACCCACACGGGGGAGAAACCUUAUUCUUGUUCUGAAUGUGGGAAAUGUUUUUUCACUUCAUCAAACCUUCUUGGCCAUCAGCGACGAACUCACACAGGGGAGAAACCUUUUUCCUGUUCUGUUUGUGGGAAAUGUUUUUUCACUUUAUCAGAACUUACUGUCCAUCGAAGACGAACCCACACCGAAGACAAACCGUUUUCUUGCUCUGAAUGCGGAAAAUCUUUUUUCACUUCAUCAGACCUUAUAGGCCAUCGGCGACGAAUCCACACAGGGGAGAAACCGUAUACUUGUUCCGAAUGUGGGAAAUGUUUCUUUACUUCAUCCGACCUUACUAUCCAUCAACGACAAACCCACACAGGAGAGAAACCAUUUGCUUGUUUGCAGUGUGGGAAAUGUUUUUCAGUCCAGUCACGCCUUAAAGAUCAUCAAAGAAUCCACACAAGGGAAAAACCAUUUUCUUGUUCUGAAUGUGGGAAAUGUUUUUCAAACCAAUCCCACCUUAAAACUCAUCAUAGAACCCACACAGGGGAGAAACCUUAUUCUUGUUGUGAAUGUGGAAAAUGUUUUGCCACUUCGUCACAACUUACUGUGCAUCAACGACGAAUCCACACAGGGGAGAAACCAUUUUUUUGUUCUGAAUGUGGGAAAUGUUUUGCCACUUCAUCCGCACUUCAAGUCCAUCAACAAACCCACACAGGAAAGAAACCUUUUUGUUGUUCUGAAUGUGGGAAAUGUUUUUCAUAUCCAUCAGACCUAAAAAGUCAUCACAGGACUCACACAGGGGAGAAACCAUUUCCAUGUUCUGAAUGUGAGAAAUGUUUUUUCACUCUAUCAGACCUAAAAAGUCAUCACAGAACCCACACGGGAGAGAAACGUUUUUCUUGUUCUGAGUGUGGGAAACGUUUUCUUACUUCAUCAGACCUAAGAAAUCAUAACAGAACCCACACAGGGGAGAAACCAUUUUCCUGUUCUGAAUGCGGGAAACGUUUUACAAGUAACGGCAGUCUAAAAUCACACUUGCAAAUUCACACAAGAGGGAAACCAUAUUGCAGAAUUAAUCCCCUUACUGAACAGAUACAGGAAACAGACACGCCUACUCCUAUCAUGGGGUGCAGCCUGAAUAACAGCUCAGCAGAGGAUUAUACAUCAGUUGUUAUUAAAGAGGAAUUGGCUUUAUGGGAAGGGGGAAAUCACCUUGCAGAACAAAGACAAGAAACAGAUACAUCAACCCUCAUAGGACGGAGCCGGAAUAGCAGCUGCUUCCAAAAGGAUACACCAGAUGCUAAUAAGGAGGAAUUAUUUUUAUGGAAAACAGACCAUAAUUACUGCAACAUAGACAAAACUACAAAAAAUAAAGAUUGCAGCAUUAAUCGACUUACAGAAAAAAUACAGAGAAAAGACACACCUACUCCUAUCCUGGGGUGCAGCCUGAAUAACAGCUCAGCAGAGGAUUAUACGGUGAUUGUUAAUAAAGAGGAGGCGGCUUCAUGGGAAGGGGGAAACCAAUCAGAUUGCAGCAUUAAUGCAUUUACAGAACCGAUACAGGAAACAGACACACCUACUCCUAUCAUGGACCUUCUAAAAACACAUGGCAAUAAAUAUGAUAAAAAUGUUAAAAUGUCCCCACUCAAACCUUGCAUAACAAAAAAUAUUUUAUGUAGGAAAUACAGCCGCAAUGAGUGUCAUAAACAUUUUGAUCAAAGAACUCACAAGAAAGAGAAAACUUUUUCUUGUUGUGAUUGUGGGAAAUGUUUUUCUUGCCAAUCUAAACUUAAAGAACACCAGAGAACUCACACAGGGGAGAAACUUUAUUCAUGUCCUGAGUGCGGGAAAUGUUUUGCCACUUUAUCACUCCUUAAGGUUCAUCAACGACGAACCCACAGAGGAAUAAAACCAUUCUCUUGUUCUGAAUGUGGGAAAUGUUUUCCAUACCAAUCAAAACUUAACAAUCAUCAGAGAACUCACACAGGGGAGAAACCUUUCUUUUGUUCGGAAUGUGGGAAACGUUUUGCCACUUCCUCAGAACUCGCUGUCCAUCAACAACGAAUCCACACAGGGGAGAAACCUUUUUCUUGUUCUGAAUGUGGGAAAAGUUUUGCCACUCCAUCCGACCUUACUGGCCAUCAGCGGCGAAUCCACACAGAAGAGAAACCAUUUUCUUGUUUGCAAUGUGGGAAAGGUUUUUCAAUUCAGUCUCGCCUUAAAGUUCAUCAGAGAAUCCACACAGGGGAAAAACCUUUUUCUUGUUCUGAAUGUGGGAAAUGUUUUUCAAACCAAUCUCACCUUAAAGACCAUCAAAGAAUCCACACAGGAGAGAAACCGUUUUCUUGUUUGCAAUGUGGAAAAAGUUUUUCAAUUCGAUCACGCCUUAAAGAUCAUCAAAAAAUCCACACAGGGGAAAAACGUUUUUCUUGCUCAGAAUGUGGUAGAUGUUUUUCAAACCAAUCCCGCCUUAAAGAUCAUCACAGAACUCACACAGGGGAGAAGCCUUUUUAUUGUUCUGAAUGUGGGAAAAGCUUUGCCGUUUCAUCGGGACUUCACGUUCAUCAACGACGAAUCCACACAGGAGAGAAACCAUUUUCUUGUUCUGAAUGCGGGAAAAGCUUUGCCACUUCAUCAGACCUUACUAGCCAUCGACGACAAACCCACACAGGGGAGAAACCGUUUUCUUGUUCUGAAUGUGGGAAAUGUUUUUCAUUUCCAUCAGACCUUAAAAACCAUCACAGAACCCACACAGGGGAGAAACCAUUUUCUUGUUCUGAGUGUGGGAAAUGUUUUACACGUAACAGUACUCUAAAAAUGCACUUUCAGAUUCACACAGGGGUGAAACCAGAUGUUUCUCCAGCGGAACAGCUCCCACCGGCCAAUGGGAUUAAAGAGGAGGCGGCUUCAUGUGAAGGGGGAAACCAAUCAGAUUGCAGCAUUAAUCCCCUUACAGAACAGAUACAGGGAACAGACACACCUACUCCUAUCAUGGGGUGCAGUCUGAAUAUAUCGGAGGGUAUUAAAGAGGAACCAGCUUCCUGCAAAGAGGAAAACCAAUCAGAUUGCAGCAUUAAUCCCCUUACAGAACAGAUACAGGGAACAGACACACCUACUCCUAUCAUGGGGUGCAGCCUGAAUAACAGCUCGGCAGAGGAUUAUACAUCGGUUGUUACUAAAGAGGAGGCGGCUAUAUGUGAAGGGGGAAACCAAUCAGAUUGCAGGAUUAAUCCCCUUACAGAACAGAUACAGGGAACAGACACACCUACUCCUAUCAUGGGGUGCAGCCUGAAUAACAGCUCGGCAGAGGAUUAUACAUCGGUUGUUACUAAAGAGGAACCGGCUUCAUGGGAAGGGGAAAACCACCUCGUAGAACAACAACAAGAAACAGACACGUUGACUCUGAUUGGGCGGAGCGUGAAUAGCAGCUUGUUCCUUAAGGAUACAUCAGAUAGUAUUAGGAAGAAAUUGCUUAUAAGAGAAACAGAUCAUAAUUACUGCAAACUAAGUACAAUUACAGGACAGAUACAGGGAACAGAUAAAUUAGCUCCUAUCACGGGCCGCAGCCUGAAUAACAACUCGCCAAAUAAUAAUGUAUCAUUUGUUAUUCAGAAGGAACCAGCUGCAUGGGAAGGGGGAAACCAUUCCAAUUGCAGCAUUAAUCCCCUUACAGAACAGAUGCAGGAAACAGACACACCUACUCCUAUCAUGGGGUGCAGCCUGAAUAACAGCUCGGCAGAGGAUUAUAUAUCUCAGAAUAUAAAAGAGGAGGCGGCUUCAUCUGAAGAAGGAAACCGUUCUGAUAUCAGAAUUAUUGCUGUUCCAGAAUCAAUACUGGAAACCAAUAAAUCUGCUUCUACGAUGGGAUGCAGCCUAGUUAGAAAUGCCGUAAAAACAAAGGGCAGUAAAUGUGCUAAAAAUCCUGGUACGUCCCCCCAUAAAUCUGAUAUACCAACAAGUACUUUAUCUAGGAAAUACAGCUGCAAUGAGUGCCAUAAGCAUUUCCGUAAUAAGAAAAAAUUAGCUAAACAUCAAAGAACCCACCAAAUAGAGAAACCUUUUAAAUGUUCUGAUUGUGGGAAAUGUUUUUUAUAUCAGUCUAAACUUAAACAACAUCAGAGAUCUCACACAGGGGAGAAACUUUAUUCAUGUGCUGAGUGCGGGAAACGUUUUGCCACAUUAUCACUCCUUAAGGUCCAUCAACGACGAGCACACACAGGAGAGAAACCAUUUUCUUGCUCUAAAUGUGGGAAAUGUUUCUUCACGUCAUCAGAACUUACUGUCCAUCAACGCCGAAUCCACACAGGGGAGAAACUGUUUAUUUGUUCUGAUUGUGGGAAAAGUUUUUCAUAUCAAUCUAAAUUGAAAGAACAUCAGAGAACCCACACAGGGGAGAAACCCUUUUCUUGUUCCGAAUGUGGGAAAUGUUUUUCAUAUCGACAUAAACUUAAAGAACAUCAAAGAACUCACAAAGGAGAAAAACGACGAAGCCACAGAGGAGAGAAACCAUUUUCAUGUUCUGAAUGUGGGAAAAGUUUUUUCACUUCAUCAAAACUAACUGUGCAUCAGAGAACCCACACAGGGGAGAAACCAUUUUCUUGCUCGGAAUGCGGGAAAAGUUUUUUUACGUCAUCAGAACUUACUGUCCAUCUGAGAAUUCACACAGGGGAGACACCUUUUUCUUGUUCAGAAUGUGGGAAAUGUUUUCCAUACCAAUCGAAACUUAAAGAACAUCAGAGAACUCACACAGGGGAGAAACUUUUUUCUUGUUCUGAGUGUGGGAAAUGUUUUGCCACUUCAUCUCUCCUUAAUGUCCAUCAGAGGCGAACCCACACGGGGGAGAAACCUUUUUCUUGUUCUGAAUGUGGAAAAUGUUUUUUCACCUCUUCAGACCUUACUGUCCAUCAACGACGAAUCCACACAGGGGAGAAACCUUUUUCCUGCUCAGAAUGUGGGAAAUGCUUUUCAGUCCGGUCACGUCUUAAAGAUCAUCAAAGAACCCACACAGGGGAGGCACCUUAUUCUUGUUCUGUGUGUGGGAAACGUUUUUUCACUGCAAUACUACUUACUAUCCAUGGAGAAAACCACACAGGAGAGAAACCUUUUUCUUGUUCUGAAUGUGGGAAGUGUUUUGCCAGCUCAUCAGACCUUUCUGGCCAUCAGCGACGAAUUCACCGAGGAGAGAAACCCUUUUCUUGUUCUGAAUGCGGGAAAUGUUUUUACACUUCAUCAGAUCUUUCCGUCCAUCAGCGAAGAACCCACACAGGGGAGAGACCUUAUUCUUGUUUGGAAUGUGGGAAAAGUUUUGCCAUUUUAUCAGACCUUUCUGGCCAUCAACGACGAAUCCACAGAGGAGAGAAACCCUUUUCUUGUUCUGAAUGCGGGAAAUGUUUUUACACUUCUUCAGACCUUAAAGUCCAUCAGCGACGAACCCACACAGGAGAGAAACCGUUUCCUUGUUUGUUAGAAAUGGAUACCGGUACCACCAAUCCUGCACCAAAACAAAAACGCAGGUCAUACGAAGCUGCUUUUAAACUCGAGGUUGUGUCAAGGGCAGAAGAAAGCAAUAACAGCAUCGCAAGUGAGGAAUUUUGUGUUGACGAAAAACAAGUGAGGGAGUGGCGGAAAAUGAAGGCUGGCUUGGAAAAGAUUCCAAAGACUAAAAAAGCGCGACGUGGUUUAAUUACUUCUUAUGGGGCUCUAGAGAAUGAAUUGCACGAAUGGGUUCUGGAAUGUCGUCAAAAUGGUGACUGCAUAACACGCAUGGGAAUUCGCUUACGUGCCCUUCAAAUGGCGAAGGACGACAAAUAUAAAGCACCAGGCAUUGAAAAAUUUGUUGCGUCAGCAGGAUGGUGUACCCGCUUCAUGAAUAGGUUUGAACUAUGUUUGCGACAAAGAACUUUACAGAAGUUGCCUCAAGACCUUGAAGAAAAAGUGAUGUCAUUCCAAUCAUUCAUCAUAGAACAAAGAAGGAUUCAUAAUUAUGACCUGGUAGAUAUUGGGAAUAUGGAUGAAAUCCCUAUGACUUUUGAUCUUCCAAGCAACAAAACGGCGGCAAGUUUGGGAGACAAAACGAUUUCCCUCAGAACCACAGGAAAUGAAAAAAACCACUUCACAGUCAUUCUGUCGUGUUUGGCUAACGGAACUAAGCUGCAGCCUGUCGUUAUUUUCAAAAGAAAGACCUUGCCGAAAAAGGUCAAAUUCCCACUGCGAAUUACAGUGCGCCCCCAUGUGAAAGGCUGGAUGGAUGAAGACGGAACGAAAAAAUGGCUGGAAGAAAUUUGGAACGGCCGACCAGGAGCAGCGUUACAGAAGAAACCAUCGUUGCUAGUUUGGGAUAUGUUCAGAGCCCACACGUGCGAUGACGUAAAAGAGUUGGCAAAUUCUUCCCAAGUUACUUUGGCCGCUAUUCCAGGUGGGCUUACGUUUGUAUUGCAGCCCCUCGAUGUGUCUUUAACUAAACCUUUCAAAGACCGCGUGCAAAAGAAGUGGCACGAAUGGAUGUCGUCUGAUCAAGCCCGACUGACUGGAAACCUAAUGAAGCCCGGCUUAGAAUUAAUAGCAACGUGGGUUCGAGAUGCAUGGGAAGAUAUUCCAGAGGACAUGGUGCGGCACGCCUUCAAGAAAUGUGGCAUCAGUAACGCUAUGGAUGGCAGUGAGGUCAGCGCUUUGUACGAGAAUGACAGCAGUGAUGACUGCCAACUCAGCGAUGACAAUGUCUAUGCCGAUAACCUCACAGCAGCUGAAGCUGAAGCUCUGUUUGAACAUACAGAUGACGAAGAGGAAUCCCGUUUUGAAGGAUUAUAAGUCUUUGUGUUGAAAAGCUUGGUCGCUGAGCUAAGGGGGUUAGUACUCUUAAGGUAUCAUUGUUGAUACCAUAUUGUUUUUGUUGACGCUCUUCUCCACUUAGGACUCUGGCACAUGAGGGAGUUUAGUCGCCCACGACAAAUCUCCCUUGUUGCGGGCGACUAAACUCUCCGAUAUGACAACCCACCGGUAAAAAUGUAAGUGGAAUGUCAUAUCUCUGGUGGGAUGGCAUACGUGGCGGAGCGAUCUCCGAAGUUGCAUCUCGAGGCAACUUUGUUGAUUUCCGCAAAUCGCCACGCCGCGUAUGCCAUCCCACCGGCGAUUUACAUUUUCACCGGUGGGAUGUCAUAUC